GAGGUACACUGAACGUGUCAUGGAGAUAAACAGACGCACAGCGUGUAGACAGCUGAAGGCGUCAACGUUACGAAUCAUUUAGCUAACCAUAUAUAUAAUUAGUGUAAAGGUUUUGCUCUGUUUGCUGCAUUUUUCGUCUCUGAAAAACCGCAGUGAUAUCCAGUCUUUCUCUCUUAUAGGCACACAGUCUCACUUAGACAGACACACAAUAUCAGGAUGGUGUCAUACAAGCGCCUGAACCCAGAGGAUGUUCAGUUUUCCAGUGAAGUAUUGUCAGUGGAUCCCCGUCCUGUCCAAGAGGAAGUUUCAGUGCCGGAGCAAGAAGAAGCCACUUUGCUUCCACGCAGGCUGUCAUGUUCUGUCACCACAGGCGUCCUGGUGAUUGGCUGCCUGCUGCUGCUCCUCUGUGGAGGCUGGCUCCUAGGCACCAUGUUCUGGUUGCACAGUCCCUCCAACCAACAGCCACAUAAACCCCCAGCACCGGCCCCGGCACCAACACCAGACUCUCUGAACAACACUGCGGCUGCCUCCCGCCGAGAAGCUUGCAGUUUAAUCCCUGAGGCGUGGAGGUUUGAUUGCUAUCCUGAAAGAGGAGCCGUUGUUACCAGAGAGUUGUGUGAAGCGAGGAACUGUUGCUUUAUCCCCGCAUCUUCUCCCGCCUCCUCUGCCACCCGCCCGUCAGGGAAAAACGGUAUCCCUUGGUGUUUCUAUCCUCCCGAUUUCCCCUCCUACUCGCUCAAGUCAAUAAAGGGCACGUUACUGGGACAGAAAGGUGCGCUUGUGAAGAAGGUGAAGACCUACUACCCAGGAGACAUUCUCACUCUGGAGGUGGACAUACGUCAUGAGACAGACACUCGGCUACGUGUCAGGAUUACCGACCCUUCGAGUUCACGUUUUGAAGUUCCAAUCUCUGUUCCCACCGUCACCAAGAAGGCUGAAAAUCCAGAAUACGUUGUGGAGAUUUCUAAGGAGCCGUUUGGCCUCAUUGUGAAGAGGAGCUCUACAGGAGCCGUGCUUCUGAACACCACAGUGGCUCCUCUCUUCUAUGCGGAUCAGUUUCUCCAGUUCUCCACCUCCCUGCCCAGUCAGUUCAUCUACGGCCUGGGGGAGCACCGCUCCACCUUUCUGCAUGACGUUCACUGGAACACGCUCACCAUGUGGGCCAGAGAUGUGCCUCCGAUGGAACAGACAAACCUGUAUGGAGCUCAUCCUUUUUACCUGGCAAUAGAGGAAGGAGGGAUCGCAUAUCAUGGCUUCUUCCUGCUGAACAGCAAUGCGAUGGAUGUGGCCCUUCAGCCUGCCCCGGCCCUCACCUGGCGCUCUAUUGGUGGAAUCCUUGACUUCUACGUUUUCCUUGGUCCUGAUCCCGGUUCAGUGAUUGGACAGUAUAUGGAAGUCAUUGGCUACCCAGCGAUGCCUAUUUACUGGGCUUUAGGCUACCAUCUCUGUCGGUGGGGGUUUAACUCAAGCGAAUCCACCUGGAACAUUGUCAAGAGCUUGAGGAAGUAUGGGAUACCUCAGGACGUCCAGUGGAAUGAUAUCGACUACAUGGAGCAAUUUUUGGACUUCACUUUUGACCAAACAAAUUUUGCCACACUGCCUGACCUGGUCAAAGACCUGCACGCUCAUGACCAGCGCUACGUGAUGAUCCUGGAUCCGGGUAUCAGUAGCACUCAGCCUGAGGGAUCAUACUGGCCGUAUGAUGAAGGACUGAGGAGAGACGUUUUCAUUAAAGAUGCUGAAGGAAAAACACUUAUUGGGAAGGUGUGGCCUGGUCUGACAGCAUAUCCUGAUUUCUCUAAUGAUGAGACACAUGAAUGGUGGUACGAAAACCUUCAGAAGUUCCAUGAGAAGGUGCCGUUUGAUGGAUUAUGGAUUGACAUGAACGAGCCAUCAAAUUUCUUAGAUGGGUCCACUAAUGGAUGUCCAUCAAACAGUCUUGAAAAUCCACCUUACACACCAGGUAUACUAGGAGGUUUGCUGAGAGCCAAAACUGUGUGCGCAUCUGCACAGCAGAAGCAGUCCACACACUAUAACAUGCACAGCCUGUAUGGACUCAUGGAAGCGAAGGCCUCUGCAAGUGCUCUGAAGCGGAUCGUGGCAAAGAGGCCUUUUGUGAUCUCUCGCUCCACCUUCCCCAGUCAGGGGCUGUACUCUGGACACUGGCUGGGAGACAACAGGAGCCAGUGGAAAGACCUGUACACCUCUAUAGCAGGUAUCCUGACCUUUAACCUUCUGGGCAUCCCGUUGGUGGGAGCAGAUAUUUGUGGCUUCAGUGAGGAGCCACAGGAGGAACUCUGUGUCCGCUGGACGCAGGUGGGAGCUUUCUAUCCCUUCAUGCGCAACCAUAACGCCAUCAACAUGAACCCCCAAGACCCAACAGCUUUCAGCCCUCAGGCUCGGCUCGCCAUGAAGCAAGCGUUGCUGUUGCGCUAUUCUCUCUUCCCACUCCUCUACACGCUCUUCCAUCAUGCGCACGUACACGGACACACUGUUGCACGGCCGAUCAUGUUUGAGUUCCCAAAAGAUAUAAGAACCUAUGGGAUUGACAAACAGUUCCUGUGGGGGAAGAGUUUAUUGGUGACACCGGUGUUGGAUCCUGGCGUCGACUACGUGGAUGGUUACUUCCCAGCGGGUCUGUGGUAUGACUACUACACGGGCGACGUUUUGAACAGUAAAGGUGAAGAGACGCGACUCGUAGCACCUCUAGAGAAGAUCAACCUGCAUUUGCGUGAAGGAUCUGUUAUACCAACACAGGAGCCCAACGUGACCCUGUGGGUGAGCAGUGGUCAGCCUCUCCACCUCGUCUGUGCUCUCUCUGAUGAUGGCUCAGCCAGUGGAGAUCUGUUCUGGGAUGACGGAGAGACCAUCGACACCUACGAGAACAACCAGUACGCCUACAUCACCUUCAACGUCACUCAGAAAGUGAUGACAUCACAGGUGCUCCACAGCAACGUGGAGGCCACAUACAUCACGGUGAAGUCGGCGACCUUCUACGGCGUGAAGCAGGAACCAAGCAGAGUGCUGGUGAACUCCCAAGAUGCACCGUUCACCUACAGAGUCAAUCAGGUGUUGACGGUUACAAAUCUGGGUCUGAACCUCAGUCACAACUUCACCAUCAGCUGGAUGUAAAGAAUCAGAUUUUGUUUCAUUUGUUGGUUUUAUUUUGUUGACGCCUAUUGAAGCUGACACACAGAGCGCAGCCUGUCAGUAUUAGCACAGUGAUGUUUUUCACUGUUUUGGCUCUCUACUCUACACUGGAUGAUAAAGGGAACGAUAACUGAGGUUAAAGUGUUAAAGUUCACGUCCAUAUCCGGUGAACAGUGCAGGAGAGUCAGCGCUUUAAACUUUAUAGUUAUUGUUUUCAUUUCGUAAACAGCGUGCCGGAGUACAGAGCCAACACAAAACUGUCCAUCCGUCAGGAGAGAUGAGCAGAUAAGACAAAGUGGAGGCGCUCUGGAGGGAGCGAGGUCGUGAUCGUGUUCAUCUUAUUCAUAGUUGCAACAUCAUCUUGAAGAGGCUUUGCACACAAAAGUGUUUCUUUGUGCAAAAACACGCUUAUUAAACAACAAAACACAAUCCAACGGUAGCCUCGACGCUGCUUUUAAUAUCUGUGCGGACAUUUCAUAAAUGAUAAAUUAUAGACGAACCGUCGGCUGAUUUUAACCAAAAAGCUUGGCUUGGCCUUGUUACUAAUUAUUAGUUUUUAUCUGUAUAUCAAAUCUGUAUUUUUAAAAAUUGUCAUCAGCAGAAGGAUAAAGUGCAAUGAAUUACAGAGAGGAUAAUCUACUUUCCUGCAAAUGUGACAAGAGUCUUAUUAGAGUUCAUGAUGUAAUAUAUUGUACAUGUGUGAAUGCAGUCGACAGCCUAUUUUUGCACUAAUUAGUCCUGCAGUAAUUUAUAGGUAGAUACAGGUGCCUUAUGAUUCCUGUUUCUGUGUUUUUGAGCAUCUCUGGGUUUGUUCCAGAUGAUCCUUUUUUUUUUUUCAGCUUUAUGUUGUAAACAUGUUUGCAAUGCUGAAGACCAUGGUACUGCUGUGCCUGACUGUGGCUUUAAAUGGAAAAUGAUACCAUUAGCAGCCAUGAGGGUUCUUGUAAAUAUACUGUGAAUUUUCUCAGCACUGAUUUUCUGACAGAAUGCAGUUUAAAAACUGAAGCCAGAUGAACUUCUUGAGGCAGUUUAGUUACAUUUUCAAGAUUCAUUCUGCUUAAAUCUGACCAUGAUGCUGUGGACAUCUGAUAUGAAUGUCUAAAGGCUUUUCUCACAACACACACUAACUGAAAAGUUGCCAACUUUCAACUUUGGAAGAUGCACUCAGUUGCUAUUUCAGCGCUACACUCUUUCAUAUUAAUAAGGUGGACACAGUAUUAGAAAUACCUCUAAGUAUAAUGCAAUAUAAGUCAACAGCACCACAACAGUUUGCAAUAUUUGAGUAUUAUUUUUUGUGUGAUUGUUCAGAUUUAAUUAUAUGAACAAUAUGAAGAAAUUGUUUUUUUCAGCACGUUACCAAAAAUGAUGAUUGACACCUUUUAGCACAACAACAAGUGGAGAAAAAGAACAUUUGUUGAUUUCUAAACUUAUGUCAUGUUAAAGAUUCAAGGCAAAGAAAAAUCUUAGUUCUAUUUUGUUUUUAAUUGCAGAUUUAUAAGAACCAAGUUCCAUUUAUUUGAGCUCUGUUGUGAUCAACAGAUCAUAUUUGAAUAAAUAGUAUUUUGAGCUUGCCUGCAUUGGGAUCUUGAACCUGAAGCACCGGAGCUCAUGUGCCACUAGAGGACACAAUUUCUCAGCACUGUGACGAUUGUUGGUCUUAUUUCUCAUAACAGAAACUGUCAUUUUCCUCAUGGCGACAAAGGAUUUGACUUCAGAUACGUUUGUCAGCCUUAAUUACUGAAAGAAACUAGGUUUUUUUUUGUGCUUUUCUGGUUUGAAACACAAGAGCAGAAUGUUUUUAGGGAUGAAACUGAAUAACAAACGCUGUUCCCUCCCACUGCCUUCUGCAUGAGACUUAAACUACAGUUUCAAUGUAAUAUCUGUUUAACUGUAACAUCUAAUUGUCUCAUCUUUUACCACCAACUAAUCUAGAAUAAAUUACAACCCAUGUGGACUGGCAAAA